AUGUUCACGCCUGUCGAAACGACUCUGGGUGCGGUGCUGCUGCACCAAGCUACCAGCAACCUCCUAUAUCAGAAUGGCAACAUCCUGGGUCUUUCUGGCUUUCUGAGACGGCUCUUAACUGCGCCAACAGCGGAAGUACUGGCCUUUUUCGCUGGCAUGGCAGCUAGCUAUCCACCGCUACACAUGCUGGCUCCUGAAUUGGUUACGAAGUAUCCUAGCAUGCCAAUGACAGUGCAGGCUGUGGUAUUCACAGCGAGUGCCGCGGCUCUGAUAGGAUGGGGGACCAAGGCAUCGAACGGCUGCACAUCUGGGCAUAUGCUCUGUGGUCUCUCGAGGCUCAGUGGGCGUUCCGCUAUCGCCGUUGCAACGUUCUUCACUACAGCCUUGAUCACACAUCACCUCGUACACCCGAGUCUCUACACCGACGCAUGUUCCGGCGACAUACCUUGCUACACGCCUAUCUUGCCCUCGCUAAGAACGGCCGUAGCACUUGUGUUUCUUUCGACCAUUACAACGAUAGCUGCUCGAACGAUUCCAGCCCUCCUUGCUCGAGCAACGUCCUCUUACGAAACCAACGCAAAAGUCCCCUCGAACAACCAAGCUCCGGCACGCUUAGCGACACAAUUCUUCACUGGUCUGCUCUUCGCUCUUGGCCUACACAUCUCCGGCAUGGCACACCCGGCCAAAGUCACAUCCUUUCUCUCCUUCCCCGUCUGGCACGCAUGGGAUCCAUCUCUCGCACUCGUGAUACUAUUCGGCGUGGUCCCCAACCUCCUCACGAUUCAGCGCAAGGGCUUCAACGCGCCGCCGGCUUUCGCAAACUUGUUCGCGCUUCCAACAAAGACAUUCAGGGACGUUGAUGUCAGGUUUGUGGCUGGUGCGGUAGCUUUUGGGAUGGGCUGGGGCCUUACAGGUACGUGUCCUGGGCCGGCGGUGUUGAGAGCGUUCGCGCAGCCGCUUUGGGGGGCGCUGUGGGUCGGUGGCUUUUGGGUUGGGGGACGCUUGGGUGAGGCGCGAGUCGGGUGCGACGUGUUCUUGCUUUCAUGA